GGUGGGGAGGGGACCCGAAGGCGCGGGAACACGGGAGGGGCGGCAGCGGAGUCCCUGGGACCGGCUGGGCUUAGGAGCACGAGAAAGAAGGACCAGCGAGUGACUGAGACACUGACACCAGAGAAGGGAUCUGUGGGGGGACAGAGACGGCGACAGGGAGGACGGGUGUCGCUGGGAUCGAGCUCUGCACCGGGGGAAAAGAGCGGGACGUGGAGCAGAGAACAGCAGGCUUGGGGAAUCGCCCUGUGCCCUGCUUACAGGUGGUUCCUCUACCUUGUCAAAGUAGUUCCAGGAGUCUCCAACCCUCCGUUGCCAGUUACCAGGAUCAGCCCCCACCCAGACCAGUCUACCCUAGAAAAACUAUGACCCCAGCCAGCAUCAGGAAGCUGAGCGAGGUCAAGAAGAGAGGCCACCCUACAAGAGCAGCCCACCUGGCGCUUGACCGAGCGUUUACUUCCGUCCCCGGGACUUGGGUACCAGGGCUGGGAGGAAGGCACCCCAGCACUGACGAGGAUCGCUCAGCUGGCUAGGGUAGAGGAGGGGGAAGAUACUUGGUGGUCGUUUGUCCUCUCUCCACCUGUGACACCUGCAGGCCAGUGAGACAGGAACCAACCGGAGAGAAACGAGCCCGCUAGCGCCUCGGUCAGCCUCUUUCCGCCAUCUUCUGGCAACUAGACAGAAAGACAGGAGCAGGUGCCCGGGGGAAAGAGGCCUCUAUGGGGUUUGUGUUUGACCACCAACUGGCCCUAUGCCAGAUCAGCUUGAGGGAGCCACGCAUUCUUCCUCGGUGCCCUUGAUCUUUCUCUACUGCUUCUCCCUGGCCAGGGUUGGUCCAGCCCUCUCCAGGCUGGGCCUGAGUCACCCUCCAGGCAGGAAGGGCUGUGCAGAGCCCACAGUCACAAGGGACAUAACUCAGGCUGCAGAACCCUGCUGCCCACACCCCAACCAGACUCUCAUCCCAUCUCUACAGAAGGAAAGUGGGCAGCUGAACCCAGAGGAUCACAGGGAAUCACGUCGCUUCCAAGUCUCCAUGGCAGAAGAGGGGGCCAUCCUAAAGAUCACCAGGAACCUGAAAGACGCUGUCUCUGCCAUCCUCCAAGGAUAUGGGGAUGGGCAGGGGCCCGUAACAGACACCAGCGCUGAGCUACAUAGACUCUGUGGCUGUUUGGAGUUGCUGCUGCAGUUUGACCAGAAGGAGCAGAGGAGCUUCCUGGGGACUCGGAAAGAUUACUGGGAUUUCCUAUGCACAGCCCUGCGACGGCAUCGGGGACACACGGAGCAGACCAGAUUCGUAUGCUCCCAGGACAAGCUGAAGACCUCUCUAGGAAAGGGUCGCGCCUUUAUCCGACUCUGCCUCGCCCACGGACAGCUGGCCGAGUCCAUGCAGCUGUGCCUCCUGAGCCCAGAUCUCACUCGGGAAUGGUAUGGCCCCCGGAGCCCCCUGCUGUGCCCCGAGCUCCAGGAAGACAUUUUGGACUCUCUCUAUGCCCUCAAUGGAGUUGCCUUCAACCUGGACCUGCAGCGGCCAGACCUGGAUGAAGCCUGGCCCAUGUUCUCAGAGUCCCGCUGCUCCAAUCCCAGACAGACCCAGGAAAGAAGACCCAGAAAGCCCAGAGGUUGCCCAAAGGAGGUGAGCUGCUCCAGAGGAGAGCAACUACAGGGACCAGACGCCCGUGGAACCAGCUGUCUGCAAGAUGGAGAAGACCACCUACCUGGCCUCCCUACCCCCUUGCAGCAUGGCCAUCUUCCCACCUUUUUAGAACAGAAGAAAGGGGAUCCCAGGAGCCUCAGCUGUCCCCAGAGCAUUUGGGAAACAGAAGGGGAGGGAUUUGAGCUAGACCAGAAGGAGGGAGGCCCAAAGAAUAGGAAAUCCCUGGAGAAUUCAGCAGCCAGCAGCCAGCCACAGAGGGAGGGUGCUAAGGAGGCUCAAAGGGAGGUGACAGGAGAGGAAGAUGAAGGCAAAGGAAGUCUGUCAGUGACGGAAGGUCAGAGAACAACAGAGGGGACCCAGGAAAAGGCAGCAGAUGGGGACCAUGACCAAGGGCUGCUGACCCCCAGCCUUCAAGGAAGGGUAAAAGACACAGCAUUAGGGAACAGGCAGGGGUGGGAUCAGCCUAGUGUUCUAGGGCAGCCCUGGAUCCUGCAGAGCCCGGGAGGAAAGAACGGCUCCCCCACAGAGAAGCCACAAGAGUGGACAAGAGUGACCAGUGUGAGCAGGCUGGAGGAUCAAGCGGAAGUAUCCAUGCAGGAGGUGGCCAAGGACCCCACGUAUGGGCUCCGGCUGGCAAAGGAACAGGCCCAGCGCCAGGAGCAGCUGCUGCGGGCACAGGAAGAAGAGCUGCAGGCGCUCCAGGAGCAGCUCGUCAGGUGUCAGGCGGAAAGAGCCCAUUUGCAAGUGAUGCUGGAGCAGACGCAGCAGGAAGCCGAGAGGAGGGACGCCAUGCGUGAGAAGGAGCUCGAAGGGCAGAGGGACCUGGUCCAGGCCAUGAAAAGGAGGGUGUUGGAACUGAUCCACGAGAAGGACCACCAGUGGCAGAGGCUCCAACAGCUGUCUUCCGUGGCCCCUGGACACUGCGUGGGCUGCAACAAGGUCUUCAGGCGUCUGUCUCGGCGGUAUCCUUGCAGGCUCUGCGGAAGCUCUGUUUGCCAUGCCUGCUCUGUAGACUACAAGAAGAGAGAACAGUGCUGCCCAGCCUGUGCCCAGCGGGAGGAAAUCCAGGUCACCUGACCAAGAUCGCAAGAGGAGCCUAAGAUCACCCCCCACCUCCCUGCCCCCCGCAGCUCCCGCUCCCUCCCUGAAGUCUGACCACUCUUUUCUUCCGGAAGCUGAGGCACCAGCCCUGCUGUGAGGGGUAAAGGGAACAGCUGGCGGUCUGAAAAUAAGCCUAGCUCGGCCCUUUCCUGUGGAAGGGGCUGAGUGGAACACGCCUCGGCUCUAGAAGCUCUGUGUCCGAUGUGAGGAAGACAGGCUAUGAACUCUCUGUAAAGUCCCUUGAGGCACGAAGAGUUCGUGACCAUGAAUACGAACAGCCCCGGGGCCAGCUGUUUCCUAGCUACUCUCCUCUCCCCCACCACCCACAGGAAGUGAACCCAAACACACAGGGCUCUUCAGUCUUCCUUCCCAAUCUACUUCAGGGAUCAUUGGUCUGCUUCAUUUCUCACAGGUUUACUGGAGUGCUAUUGACGUAUAAUAAACACUGCAUAAAUUGGA